UCUUGGAUUCUUGUUCAGCACAUCAAAUUUCUUCAAAUCAGUUUAUAUUACGCGGCCAUUUUUAGAAAAACAACGCGUUAUUUGUCGUUCUAUAAUUAUUGUUAUACUCGUCAUUUAUUAGAGAACAUAAUUUACCUUAUUUUAUUCUUGCAACUGGACUGAAAUUAAUAAAAUCAUGCUGCUCAAAAUCCAGGAGACUGGCAUGUGCCAUAUUUUGAUUUCUUUAACUCGAGACCGCUCGACUACCUGUAGGAUUGCAAUAAGAGCGUAAGGGAGCUGAAACCCGGGAGGAGGUAAUGCGCAUCUGUAUAAUGUGACAGUAGUCGGUUUCUUAGACUCACUCGAUCGGUCAUCUCUGUGAAUAUUUGUUUUGUGAACCUUAAAUUAUACCCGUUACACCUGACUAAGACAAUCUGAUGGAACCACCAUAUCUCAAGGAUCGACUACACCACGUUGUUUUCGAAGAGGCGUUGAUGCUCUCCAUUUAUCCUUCGAAUCCAGCUGAAGAUGCGCAGACAAUGGGGACAGUUCCGGCUUGCUACAUUUGAAUCAUUUGAAUGUCUAACAUUCAUAUACCAUUCGUGACUGGAUUCGUGGGAUCAUAUACAGCAAUAGUUAACGAACCUGGUGCAAAGCAGUCUGCAAUCUUCCGGAUGAUCGUUUUUGCAUGAGUGUGCAGAGUGACUAAUCGUACCUGGACUUAAAAAAUAGACGAUGAGGAUGAAUCAAACAACAGUUUGCUUUGAGCUUCCAACGUGCGCUCUGUAGUAAAGUUGCAGUGGCCGAACUACAGCAGUGCUAUAUGAAGAUCAGGAUCCAAGGGCUGGUUUGCCGUCGCAGAAAUGCCAGUUCGUGCCGUGACUUCCCGGUUCAUGUACAGGGGACUUUGCUCAAUUCCUGAUCUUCUCUCUUACCGGACUCCCAUCAGCCUCCCAGAGGAUGAAGUGGAGGAGAUCCGCGAAGCCUUUAAGGUGUUUGACCGUGAUGGGAAUGGAUUCAUCUCUAAACAGGAGCUGGGAAUUGCCAUGCGGUCUCUUGGUUACAUGCCAAACGAGGUGGAGCUGGAAGUGAUCAUUCAAAGACUGGACACGGAUGGUGAUGGUCAAGUAGAUUUCGAGGAGUUUGUAACACUUCUCGGACCAAAACUGUCUUCUGCUGGUAUGCCUGAUAGGUUCCAUGGAGCCGAGUUUGACUCCAUUUUCUGGAAGUGUGACAUGCAAAAGCUGACUGUGGAUGAGCUGAAGAGACUCUUGUAUGACACGUUCUGUGAUCAUCUGACAAUGAAAGACAUCGAGAACAUUAUCAUGACAGAGGAGAGUCACUUAAACAGCCCCGAGUGCCAAGUAGAUAUUGACACAAGCCCCAUGCAACAAGUCAAGCACACGUGUGUGCGGAAAAGCUUGAUUUGUGCCUUUGCAAUCGCAUUUAUCAUCAGCGUCAUGCUCAUCGCAGCCAAUCAGAUGCUUCGAAGAGGGAUGAAGUGAUCGCUUCUGUUUCUAACACAACAAAUGACUGGCAACAGGUAAAAAUGCAAAAAAACACUAAAUUCAGUUUCUAAUGAUCCCAGUUUAAAAAUAACACCAAAGUCUGCGCUCUCAUUUCCCUAUAAACUGAAGGUAAAAUCAGACUGUUCUUAGCUGGCAGAAGAACGAUGUCCCAAAAGCCCAAAACAAUUUAAUUCAAAUGUCAUUUUUGUGUAGAAAUAAAUCAAGAGCAACACUGAUAAUUAUCAUUGUACUAUAUUAAUUAUAUUAUUAUAUCAGGUCAUGUUACCCUGUAGUAAUAAAAAGCAUCUGUUAUAACACUGAACAUAAUAGAAA